AUGCCAUCUUCCCAAUCCUUAUCGCACAACUAUGAUUCUUUCCAAACCCUAUUGGAAUCGGCCCGUCCCUUCCUCACAGGCGAGCUUGAAACCGUCAACGAGAAUCUGCCUCGUCUAAUAUCCGUUUUGCGUUCUGUGGGCGCCGGAGAGUGCUGGCACAAGCACGGCAGUUUUCUUGAUCACCUUGUUGAUUUAUAUCGCAUACUCAAGAUUUGGAAGGCACCUGAAUCAGUUUGUCUCUGUGGUCUUUUUCACUCAUCCUAUUCCAAUUCCUACGUAAAUCUUGCGAUUUUUGAUCCCUCGACUGGCCGAGACACGGUUCGGGCUCACGUUGGUGAUGCUGCUGAGCGUUUGAUUCACUUGUUUUGCAUAGUUCCACGCCAGUCUCUCAUUCAUGAUGAUCUUUUGUUCAAAUACACUGAUUCUGAGCUCAUUGAACAUCUUGAACUUUCUGAGAUUUCUUUGAAGAAUGCCAAGGAGAAGAAUCUUUUUAAUGAUGAAGAACCCUGGAGGCUAAAAUUGCAGUCCCUUGUGCCUGCUCAAGGUAUUUCUGUGAAACACAUAAAGACGGGUGAAGAUGUAUUGCUUUCCAGGAGAGUUUUUGCAGUUUUUCUUAUGAUGACAAUGGGGGAUUUCAGUGAUCAGCUUUUCAGUUUUCAGGACUCUUUAUUCGACAAUUCAGAUGGUCGACUCGAGUUCUCUGGCAAUAAUGUUUCGACCCUAUGGCCGGGUGAUGGCAAGCCAGGCUUAUGGAUCAACUCCAUUUCAAGAAUGGGUGCAAUAUACACUCUAAUCCUCCGGGAAGAAGAAAUAUUCAUUGAACAAAGGAAAAAUAAACAUGGUGAUGAGUUGUUAAAAGAUAGAGACGAAGACAUUGAACUUGUGAUACCUCCGGUUUUCGAUUGUUGCACGCGAAUUUUGGAUUCGAAAGACCAGAUUACUGCACGAGAUUUGUACUGGGAAGCUGUUUGCUAUAACGUGUCGAACAAGACAGAGCUGAAGAGAGCUGAGGAGAUGUUAUUGAGGUCUUUAGAGAAAAACCCUUUUGUUGGAGAGCCUUAUGUGGUUUUGGCACAGAUUUAUUUGAGUGAAGGGAGGUUUGAGGAGGCUGAGAAAAUUGCUGAGAAAGGGGUGAGACUUCUGGUAGAAUGGGGGAGUCCAUGGGACAAGAGAAUGUCAUGGGAAGGUUGGAUUGCUUGGUCAAGGGUUUUAUUAAUGAAGGCUAAGGAGAGGUCAUGGCCCAACACUUCUUGGGGCAUCCUCAAUUUGGGUCUAGUUAGAUAA